AUGAUUCGGAAUAGUUCAAAAACGGAUCCGCUUAUUCAAAAAGCUAUGGCGUGUGCAGAGCGAGGAGUCUGGCCGAAGGAUCUCGAAAAGGAGCCCGCGUUCCAGCAAUUUUCGAGACGCCGGCAACAACUGUCGAUUGUCGAGGACUGUCUGAUGAUGGCUCAUCGCGUCGUCGUUCCGCAACGUCUUCGCCAACGCGUUCUCGUUUCGCUUCACAAAGCACACCCGGAAAUCGUCCGUAUGAAGGCACUCGCUCGCAGUCUCGUCUUCUGGCCCGGAAUCGACAAGGAUAUCGAGCAGGUUGUGCGGAGCUGCGACAACUGCGCCGCCGCUGCCAAGAAUCCGAUAAAGAACGUGCUCUACUCGUGGCCAAAACCAGCUGCUCCGUGGACAUGCGUGCACGCCGAUUUCGCCGGACCCGUCGACGGAGUCUACUACUUGGUGGUAGUAGACGCAUAUUCAAAAUGGCCUGAAGUGAUGGCGACCAAAUCGAUCACAUCGACCGCCACCAUCAAGCUCAUCGAGAAGAUUUUUGGGCAAUUCGGGAAUCCGGAGACGCUGGUGACGGACAAUGGAACACAAUUCGCCGCGCAAUUGUUCCAGUCAUUCUGCGAGGAGAGAGGGAUCAACCACGUCUUCGCACCGCCCUAUCAUCCGCAAUCAAAUGGCCAACCUGAACGGUUUGUCGAUACUUUUAAGCGCUCACUGAAGAAGCUGAAAGCCGAGUCGAAGGGAGAGGACGCGCUCAACGUCUUCUUACAACUUUAUCGUUCGACUCCGUGUGCGGCGGCGCCGCAGAAAAAGUCGCCCGCCGAAAUCUUCCUCGGACGGCCGAAACGAUUGGAAGGAGGAUCGAAAGGAUGCCGCGGUUCCGAAGGAUGCCGAGGAUUCGAAGGAUUCUGA